AUGGCUGGCGGAGGUGAUCCCAAAUGGCAGAAAGAUGCUGGUGAUCAGAACUUCGAUUACAUGUUUAAAUUGCUCAUUAUCGGUAAUAGCUCCGUAGGAAAAACCAGUUUCCUCUUUCGCUACGCCGACGAUUCCUUCACAUCAGCGUUUGUGUCAACAGUAGGAAUCGAUUUUAAGGUCAAAACAGUCUUCCGUCAUGACAAACGCGUUAAACUUCAGAUAUGGGAUACCGCAGGUCAAGAACGUUACCGCACUAUAACCACAGCCUACUACCGAGGAGCUAUGGGAUUUAUAUUAAUGUAUGACAUUACAAACGAGGAAAGUUUCAAUAGUGUCCAAGAUUGGGUGACACAAAUAAAGACGUAUUCUUGGGACAACGCGCAAGUAAUUCUUGUGGGAAAUAAGUGUGAUAUGGAAGAGGAGCGCGUUGUUAGCGCGGAACGUGGUCGCCAGCUUGCAGAUCAACUGGGUGUAGAGUUCUAUGAGACAUCCGCUAAAGAAAAUAUUAAUGUUAAGGCGGUGUUCGAGCGGCUGGUGGAUAUAAUCUGCGACAAGAUGUCCGAGAGUCUGGACUCAGAGCCAGCGAUGCUCGCUGGCGGCCAGCGUGGCCAACGCCUCACCGAACAGCCGCAAGGCAAUAGCAACCCUAACUGCAACUGUUAA